CUCCUGUGAGGUUUCUCUCCACUGACUGACUGUGUGGUGGAAGAAGGGUUGUCCUUGUAAAGAACCAGGAGGAAGGAAGGCCGUCCAGUGGAUACAUCCUGUCCUCUUCUGGAUAAGCUGUAGGCCAGUUCUACUACAGUAUAACUGCAGCAUUAUGAUGCCAGACAGACCCAUUUUACCCCUGUUUCUCCUGGCGUUCUGCUGCUCAGCAUUUGCAGGUCCGUUGUCUCGUAGCCCGUGUGAGCUGCUGCCAGUAGGUGUAGGCCACCCGGUGCAGGCUCUGCUGAAGAGCUUCACGGCCCUGUCAGGCUGUGCCUCCCGUGGAACCACGGGUCUACCACAGGAGGUUCACAUCAUCAACCUGAGGGGCAGCAGCCCUGAGGGGUCAAACGGCACACAUCCAGAGGUGGAGCUGCAUCUGAAGCCCAUCCAGUCCCUGCUGGUUCACCAGAAGCCCCUGGUGUUUGUGCUAAACUCCCCCCAGCCUGUGGUCUGGGACAUCAGGACAGAGAAACUAGCCCUAGGCAUUAAACACACCUUCCAUGUAUCUGGGGGAUCUGAUGUCCACUUCCCUCCAGGGAACUUCUCCCUCCACUGUCAUGUUCAGAAGGAGGUACUUCCCCAUGGCAACGAGCACCUCCUCAACUGGGCCACCAAGAAGUACAGAGCCGUUACCUCCUUCUCCGAACUCAAGAUUGCCCUGGACAUCUACAUCAAAGUGGGAGAAGAUCCAGUGUUCUCCGAUACUUGCAAGAUUGACAACAAGUUCCUCUCUCUGAACUACCUAGCUGGCUACGUAGAGUCCCAGGCCUCUAAAGGCUGUGUCCUGUCUGGACCAGACCAGGACCAAGAGGUCCACAUCAUCGAGCUGCAAGCACCCAACUCUAGUAGUGCGUUCCAGGUGGAUGUGAUCGUUGAUCUGAGGCCGUUGGGGGCAGAUGUUCUGUUGCCUCGUGACAUCGUGCUGCUGCUGAAGUGUCAGAAGUCUGUCAACUGGGUCAUCAAGGCUCACAGCAUCAGCGGGAAACUGAAUGUAGUGACGCCAGAUACCAUCAGUCUGAGCCCCAACACAGAGAGGCUGAUGGAGGUGUCUAGGACCCCUAAGCACCACCUCCCGUCUGGCUCUCAGGCCUUGAUCAAGUGGGCAGAGGAUCAUGGUUACGGACCGGUCACCACCUACACCCACACACCUGUAGCUAACACCUUUAACCUGAGGCUCAGGGAGCCAGAACUCUCCAUCUUACGGGACACCAACCCCAUCCUCUCUGGUGGUCAGGGUGGUGCUGCCCCACACUCCGGUGGCCUGCCCUUCACCUUCCCCUUCCCCCCGCUCAUGGAGCAGGGCCUGCCCUACCUGUCCCUGCCCCCCUCCCUGGAUGACCGGCCUUGGCUGGGAGGGGAGCAGGGUGGGGAGCCUGAGGAGCAGCAGGGGACCCUCAGUGUUGGUCUCAGUGUUCAGUGUGAGGAGAGCAGGAUAGUGGUCUGCAUCGACCGAGAGACUCUGCAGGCCAACGGUUACGCUAAUGUCAACCUGACUCUUCAAGACCCAGAAUGCAAAGCAACGGUCAACUCCACCCACUACACAUUGGUGACCCCAUUGGAGGGCUGUCAGACCACCAAGUACCCCAUGCACCCCGGUCCUAUGGUCCUCUACAUCAACUCAAUCCUGAUAAGUCACGAUGAGCCUAAGGAUGGGAGUGGUGUUCCCCUGGAUUACGAUGAUCUAGAGUCCGGAGACGUUACUUUCCCUUGGGAGACAGAGGCGCUGGAGAGGGCUGCUUUCCUGGAGCCCACCACGGGGCCUGAUCACAGGUCAUCCAUUCUGUUCAACUGCACCUACAGGAAGAACCAGGACACUCUAGGAGGAUCAGGAUCGUUCCCUCGUAUUGCCCCGGCAGCAAAGGAACCGCUCAGCACCGACGUCAUGUUCAACAUGGAGCUGUACAACACCCAUCUCUUCCGUUAUCCGUCUACCCAGGCCUUCCAUACCGUCUCCAAAAAUAAACAGGUCUUUGUAGAGAUUGGAGCCUUCAAAGUCGACCCAGAUCUUGGCUUCAUGAUCCAGACCUGCUUCAUCUCUGCCAACUCAAACCCCAACAUCGCGUCAGACUAUACCCUGAUCGAGAAUAUCUGCCCUACAGACGACACCGUCAAAUACUACAGUCAGAGAGACCUACCUAUCUCCCACUCCCAGACCGACAGGAAGAGGUUCAGCUUCACCUUCAACUCACACUUCAAUGGAUCGUUGCUCUUCCUGCACUGUGAAAUGUCCGUUUGCUCUAAGAGACCCCACAAUAACCAGGGACUGGCAAUGUGUAUCCAACCGGACGAGGCUUGUACGUCUGUCAACGGAGAGAUCAUCCUAGCCAUGAUGAUGAACACCAGGACUUCUACCAAGACCCUAGUGGUGGUGGAUGAACAUGACACAGAGGAGGAGGAACCUGUUCAUCCCACCCUCACGACAUCACACGACCCUGCUGACCCCCUAGGGGAAACCAUCUUGUAUGUGUUGGACACUCCAACCGUGGUUGGGAUCGCCUUCGCUGCAUUUGUGAUCGGUGCCCUGUUGACCGGAGCCCUGUGGUUCAUCUACUCUCAUACAGGUGAUACAGCUGGGCGACAGCAGCCCCUGAAGCCCCAACCCCCAUCCUCAGAGAACAGCGGUGCGGCCCACAGUAUUGGCAGCACACAAAGCACGCCCUGUUCAAGCAGCAGUACAGCAUAGCCCAGAGGCCAGGCCAAGGCCAUUGGAAAGGAGCCCGACGGGGAGCCCCCUACCCCCCUACAGGGCUACAGGAAGGGCUACACGGGUCACAGGGAACUGGGUUUGUUGACACUUGUUUCCCCUCUGGAUGAAAGGAAUUAUUUUGGGAUGCUUUGUGAAAACAAAGAAGAAGGAUGAUUUAUUAAAGAAGAAAAUAAGAAUAAAAGGAUAAAAAAGGAUUUUGUAAAAUACUAAAAAACAAUAACACCCGUUAAUGUCCCUGGUUAAUUCAAUUUAUUUCAACACAAGUCAUUAAGGCUGUGUGACAGAAAUGCUGUACUACAAGGACUGGUCUGAGAGCGAAACAGUACUAGGGUUGUUCCACCAAUUCGGUGCCUUUUGAGAAGUGUAACUUGGUCCAAAGAAACGUUGAUUU